GUCCUUUCCCCCUUGCCUUUUUCGGGUCGGCUCGUCGCCUCCCCUUCCCUCCCCCUCCCCCAUGGCCCGCCCCCGGAAGGCGAAGCCGCCGCCGCCACCCUCGCCGCCCAAGGCGGCGGCGCCGUCCCUCGCCGAGGCGCUGCUGCUGGCCACGGUCUGCAUGGUGGGGCUCCCCGUUGAGGUGCAGGUCCGCGACGGAUCCGCCUACGACGGCGUCCUCCACACCGCCUGCGUCAACGACGGAUACGGUGUUGUGCUAAAGAAAGCAAAGAAGAUAGCAAAUGGGAAGGGAGACGCCAAUCUGUCGCUGGGAGCAUUUGUGGAUACUCUUGUUGUUCACCCAGAUGAUCUUGUUCAAGUGAUUGCAAAGGGGCUCACACUACCCAUUUUUGGUAGAACUCCUGAUUGCAAUGUGGUGGUUGCCAGUGGAUCCUUGAAGCCUCAGACUUCAUAUGCAAACGACAUGAAAAUGUCUAAAACUGGAAAUAUAUCUCCACUUGAGCAAGUUGAGAAAUGCACCAUGGAGGGUAAGGAGAAAAAUGCCACCGUCAAUAAAAAUGUUAGUGGUAAUGCUACAAGUGUCAGCCCUUCUCCCGGACAUGUGGGGCCAUAUUUGUCCAUGAAUGGGGUUUCCGGGUCUGCAACUAUGGGGCCUAAAGUUGAUGUUGUUUCAAGCUCAGUUAUACCCGCACCCAUGGUGACUUCAGAUGUUAAAACCUCUCAACCAGCCAAUAAUUCGGCUACCAAGAUUGUCACAUCAAGCAAAACCAAUGCUAAGGAAUUUAAACUCAAUCCUUGUGCAAAGGUCUUUUCUCCAUCUUUUGCAAGCUCUAGACAAGCACAUGCAGCUGCGCCCCCUGUUAACUCAAACUACAUCUCACACUGUGCCCCUGAAGUACCAACGGGCAUACCUGUAUAUGAGCCAAAAUCUGCACCAGGCGUUUCAUCUCUAUCCAACAAGAUUCAUUGCAGUAACCUGUCUCCUGCAAAUUAUGCCAUUUCACCUCAAUAUGUUCAGUCAGUCGUGGGGCAUAAUGCAUCCAGGCUAGAUCCAGCUAGAAUUGGCACACCAUACCAUCCCAUGCAAAUGGGAGCAUCCUACAAUAGCCCUAGUCCUCAGCAUGUGAUGACCGGGAAGUUCAGUCCUGUUGUUUAUGUUCACCCAAUUUCUCAGGAUGCAAUACAUGGAACACCCAUUGGUUCUCAAGGAUGGCCUCGCCCUGUGAUGUUGAAUUCAUACCAAGCUAGCAUGCAGAAGUUCCAAGGAAACGCCCCUGUAUAUUUGGCCCCUCAAGUCAUGGCAACUGGGAAUCUGCCAUUGGAGGUACCAAGCCCUGCACCACUUGUGCAGCCGUUCCAGGCAAUUCAUCCCAUCAUGGUUCCUGCUGCAAGCAGCAUGAUCCCAGGCAAAUACAUGUAAACUUGUCAGACCAAUGUGACAUCUCCUUUUGUUAGAAGAAUCCUGGUUUACCCCUUUGGUUUGGGGUAUGUCUCUUGUCUCAAAGGACUCACGAUUUUGCCUAGUCUCCUGAUUCACUUGUCAGUUGCUGGUCUGUGUCCGUAUUUUAGUUGGAAGGGCUUUGCAACUUUUGCCAUUCUUCAUAGUUUGUGUGGGUUUCUGAAAUAUUCUUUUUAGGUGGGUUCCAUACUUCCAUGGGGGAGUAAUAUGAAAUAGAGAGAAGAUUGCAGCAAUUCUUUGUUUUGUCUUAGCAAUACCUUUUCUUCUUCCAAGAGAUGUACAAUGUGACAUUGUGAAUGAUUAAGAUAGUGAAGGCCUUAUUUCACAAGGCUAAUGUA